GCCCGAGCGGCGGCGGGACGCGCAGGGAGUCCUGUUUUGGAAGCCGCCAGUCCCAGGGGUCUCCCCAGGGCACUGGGGAGGGCCACGGUCCACCAUGCCCAGCCUGCUGCUGUUCACUGCUGCGCUCCUUUCCAGCUGGGCCCAGCUGCCGGCCGAAGCCAGCUCCUGGUGGUCGUUAGCUAUGAACCCGGUGCAGAGACCUGAGAUGUUUAUCAUCGGUGCCCAGCCUGUGUGCAGUCAGCUCCCCGGGCUCUCCCCCGGUCAGAGAAAGCUGUGCCAGCUGUACCAGGAGCACAUGGCCUACAUAGGGGAGGGAGCCAAGACGGGCAUCAAGGAGUGUCAGUACCAGUUCCGGCAGAGAAGGUGGAACUGCAGCACUGUGGACAACACGUCUGUCUUUGGGAGAGUCAUGCAGAUAGGGAGCCGCGAGACGGCCUUCACGUACGCGGUAAGCGCAGCCGGGGUGGUGAAUGCCAUCAGCCGGGCCUGCCGCGAGGGUGAGCUCUCCACGUGUGGCUGCAGCCGGACAGCACGGCCCAAGGACCUUCCCCGGGACUGGCUGUGGGGUGGCUGCGGGGACAACGUGGAGUACGGCUACCGCUUUGCUAAGGAGUUCGUGGACGCUCGGGAGCGGGAGAAGAACUUUGCCAAGGGAUCAGAGGAACAGGGCCGAGUGCUCAUGAAUCUGCAGAACAACGAGGCAGGUCGAAGGGCUGUGUAUAAGAUGGCAGACGUAGCCUGCAAGUGCCACGGCGUCUCGGGGUCCUGCAGCCUCAAGACCUGCUGGCUCCAGCUGGCCGAGUUCCGCAAGGUGGGGGACCAGCUCAAGGAGAAGUAUGACAGCGCGGCCGCCAUGCGCAUCACCCGCAAGGGCCGGCUGGAGCUGGUCAACAGCCGCUUCAACCAACCCACCCCAGAGGACCUGGUCUACGUGGACCCCAGCCCCGACUACUGCCUGCGUAAUGACACCACCGGCUCGCUGGGCACGCAGGGCCGCCUGUGCAACAAGACCUCGGAGGGCAUGGACGGCUGCGAGCUCAUGUGCUGUGGCCGCGGCUAUGACCAGUUCAAGAGCGUGCAGGUGGAGCGCUGCCACUGCAAGUUCCACUGGUGCUGCUUCGUCAAGUGCAGGAAGUGCACGGAGAUCGUCGACCAGUAUGUCUGCAAAUAGCCGGCGGGGCCUCUGCGCUCCCCGCAAAGUUUAUAUUAUAUAAAUCUAUAUAAAUCUAUUUUAUAUUUGUAUAAAUAAAUGGAUGGAUGCUAACUAAUUAAAAGAAGAAAAUGGAAAGGAAAAGCUUAUUUAAGAGACGCUGGAGAUCUUUGAGGAGUGCACGCUGCUGCUUCUCCACUCCCAGAGGGCAGGAGAAGGGGCUUUUCCCCUCCCUCUGGCGGGGACUCUCAGGGCAUAGGGAAUAUUCACUGUCUACCCACCGUGGCCUUGAGGAGCGAGGUAGUGGGCAGAUGGAGAAGAUGAAGUCUGGAGUCUUCGGGGUAAUGACACCCUUGGGAUCCCAGCGGACAGGCCAAGAGGCCCCGUGCAGGUGGCAGCUUAAAUCUUGCUGCUUCAGGGUCUUGCCAGAAUAUUGAUGGGUUCAGGGAGAGGCUGGAGGUUUUCUUAUGCCUUUGCUCAUGUACAUGCUGCAGGGUCUGCAGUGACAGGCGAGACUCCUUCCUCUGAAUGGGCAGCCCUCCCAUGUCAUCACUGACUGGUGACUGCAUGGGAAACCUGCAUGGGAAACCUACCCCUCCCCCAGGCUCUGGGGCCUGGAUGAUUCUUCCUCCACAGCUCACUAGCUCCUGCCACAAGCUCCCUGCACCAAGAGGAAGGGGUCUGGGACAGACAUGAACUGAAUAUUUGUGCCCGAGCUGCAGAGAGCCAGGUGCAAAGCUGGACUGAGGACAUUGCACUGUGCUCCCACACAGGGAGAGCCAACUUGUGAUGCUGCUGCUGUCACUUCCUCCAUCAAAGGAGGCCUCACGAAUGACAGGAAGCGUAGCUAGGUCAGGCCCGGCUGGCCUGGCACCGUCUCUUCAUCUCUGCCCCAGAUGUACAGUUUCUUGCUGACAUUAAAUACCCUUCACUGAAGUUUCUCUCCCUUUUUCCUUAUUUGGACACAUGGUUAUCUUUCUUGAGUCUCCUUUUGUUUUUGACCUGGUCCUUAAAACCUUGCUACCUGGCGUACCUCUGCAAGAGAGUCAGGAAACUGAGACCUUUUUAGAGCUCAAGUUUGGUCAUUAGAGGGAGGGACAGGAGAAUAUUAGAGAAUUAAAUAUGGUAAUGCACGAAGCACUCUCCCCAAGGGCUAACCAAGAGAAUACACGAUGGGUGGUGGCUACUGAUAUUACUGUUAUGAACAAAAGAAUUUGAAAUUUUAAGUUUAAGCUUCGCAUUUAUCUUCCUCUUCUUCCUUCACAUUGCAAGUUAGCCUGCCCUGUUAGCCCUGGUUUGCUCACCAGUUCCUUGGUAAAGCCUGACCCUGCUGUAGGAUUCUUAACGACGCAUCUCUAGUUUUUGACCCCAGGAUGUAGAGCCAAAAAAGAGGGGAUGGCAGAACUCAGAAAUCCAAGAAGGCAGAAAUACUGAUCUCAGCUGCACAGGAGAGACCAGCUUUGAACAGACUAGCUUACAGGUGAGCCAGCAAGCAGGAACAGACACCAGUUUAAUGCUAGAAGAGUUUCUUUCAGAGGGAACAGUGGGAUUAAGGAAUGGGGUUAUGAGCAAGUGAUACUGCAAAAUAAUCCAAAAGAUUCUACCUGAGAGUAUCCAUGGCCGUUUAGACUACUGUGCCUUUAACACCACAGGAAGAACCUUCUUAUUUAACAUCACAGACUAUUACAGCCUUCAGGUUAUUUUGCCAGAAACUAUCCCUCACACUGUUGUUCAGAUUCCAUGGGCCACUCAUGGUCCAUGGGCAUUAAAGUGAGCUGGCCUAGGAAAGAUCAAAACCACGUUCAUUAGUUGGUAUUUAACCAAAUAAGCUGAUCAGUCACACAAAUCAGCCACAAUAACCAGUGUUUUGGACACUGGCUGGCAUGAUUGCCCUGCCCAACAUCACUAUUCUGGAGGCCAAGAGUUAACUUAUAUCAGAUGUUCAAAGUGUUUAAGAGCUGGAAUCCAAUUUGAAUUCAUCCUUAGGGACCUCAGGAAAUUUGUUAAGAGUAACUUGUCCACAAUCCCCACAGAAAUGCUGUAGAAAUGUGCUAGAGAAUAUGGGGACCAGCCUAAGAAAAAUGAGCUUUGGUUUAGAAUCCCAAUGCAGGAAGAGAAGUGGCGGUCAGAAUGCCAGUUCUGGGUUUCCAUAUCAGGACCUGCAAAACUUGACUGGGCUCCAAACCUUAAAAUGCAAAAUCAAAGGCCCCCAACACCAGAAAUUUGUAGGCAGUUGGUCUGGGGUGGAGCUGGGACAACUGUCUGCACCUUUAACAAGGAUGUGAGGAACUUACCAUCACUAAGAGCUAGCCUAAGAUCCACUGGGACUGGGGCAGCCAGGUCCUACUCCCAGCCCAGCACUCCCCACACCCCGUGCACGAUCCCCUAGCACCAUAGCAUAAUUGAUUAUGAUUAAUAUUCAGUCUGAUUGAAAGAUCAUGGCUUUGCAGGCAGUGCCUAGACCAAGCUAGCCACCCCAGGGAGUCUUUUUUUUUUUUAAGAUUUAUUUAUUUAUGCAUACAAGAACUGGGGUGCAAGCCAGAGGUGCAGGAUGGGGGAAUGAGAGGAUUCACUAGAGACAGAGGGGAACAGAAGGCAGACUGAAAUAUGCUCCUGAGGGGAGCAUCAGGGGAGAGGACGAGAGGUCUGCUGUGCCUUGUGGGUAGCUCCCUGGCCCAGGAUAGGACUCCUGCUGCAGAUAGCUUCAUAACCCCUUGCGCCACCAGGGAGGCCCACCUCAGGGAGUCUUUAAGAUGCGAGGGAAAAGGAUGUUCCCACACAAAGCAGAACUGAGUUUGUCCUGGGAUGUUCUACCUCCCUCCUCUCUCUGCCUGAGGCCAGUAGGUGGAAGCUUACAGAUCCAUUGUGAGUACAAUAAGGCUAUAUUUGCUUAGGUGUUUGCAUGUGUUCACCUUGACUUCAAAAUAAAAUC